ACAUAAGGGUCGGUUGGCACACUACAGCAUAGUGUCGCCAUGGGAGCUCGGCAUCACCUGACAUCCGUCCGUCCAUCAAGCCAGCCAGCCAGCCAGUCUUUAAACAGGUAGGCCACCCACAGGCCGCCAGAGAAGAAAACGCACGAGCCCCCCCACUCUCUCUCUGUGUUUGUCCGUCCGUUCGUCAGGUACAGGGCGGGACUGUACAGGCAAGAAGCAGACAGGCUCAUGGCAGCCAAUCUUGAUGGCAUCUAAAUGCUACAACCCUAGCUAUACAGCCAACCGCACAGAUCGUUUCUCGCAAGCAGCCGGCCAAUCACAUGCAGGCACGCACGCAGGCAGGCAGGACAAUGACCCAAUCGACGGACGACGUGUCAUUCAUUCGCAUUGAUUCGGUCGGUCGGUCGGCCGAUCGGUCAGCUGAUUGAUAAAUAAAAGGAAGGGGCCGGGAGAGAAGAGAGAAAAAACAAAAUGGCCCUUGUGAUAAAAAAGAAACGACAACGCAAGACAAGACGAGAAUAGAAGCCCACACACAGGCACUCUUCGCUCUUCCUUCCCCCGGCACACACGCUCACACACGCACACUCACACACGCACACAGACGAUUGAAUGGCUGGCUGUACAGACAGAGAGCCAUAAACCAGUCAUUCGAAAAAAAAGAUACGCUCAUCGAUCGCCCCACAAUCUACUUAAGCACCCACACACCCACACUCGUGCAUGUGCCAGCCAUCCAGACAUCCGAUUUGUGUGUCAGGGUCAGGGUGAUGGUUGAUCAAGGUUUGGCGUUGACGAGGUGCAGUCCACCACCACCACCACCACCCCGCUGCUUGGCGCCGAAUCGAAUGGGCUCCUUGCGCGGAUCGGGUGUGUUCUCCGAUAGCGACUUGAGGAACUCACACGCCUGCACACACAUCCCGCCAUCUCUCGCCCCGUCUCCCCGUGUGUGUAUCUUAUCUGUGGGGGAUGGAAUACGGAGCGGACCUGUGUGUGGGGGUCUUCCCUGGGUGGUGUGGCUUCAGUGGUUGGCACGAGUGGGCUCUGUGAGGCGGUGGAGGUGCUGGAGGCCGAGGCCGUGCUCUCGUCGCUGUCGUUGGUCCUCUUCUUGGACUGCCGCUGGGGCAGCUGGUCGCACGACGCCGCGUGGGGCACAGUGCCAUUCGGCGGGCUGGUCUGAGUCGCGGCCGUGCCCAUUAACGAACGAAUCUGACACACACAGACCGACAGACACACAGAGAGGUGUGGAGGUCUUUCUGUGGACGACUGACUGACCUUCAUCAUGAGUGCGGUAGAGUUGUUGGGUAUCCUCUGCCCCGAUUCCUUGAGCCCCCCCACUCCAACGCCCCUCGAGUAGCCAUGCGACCAGGGCGGCGGCGCGUAGGGCGGCGCCGUCGGCUCUUGGUACGCCCCCACACCUCUCACACCACCAUGCCCACCACCAUAGUGCAUGCCCCCGCCCCUGCCCACCCCGCCCAUCCCCAUCCCGGACGAUGUGGGUCUGAAGACUGCCGGCUGCAUCUGUGCGCCGCCGGCGUUGACGGGGGUGAAGUCGUUGAGGGUGGCCAGAAGACCUGACACGGCCGGACCGUCCGACCAAUUGUUGUGCUGCGGCUGCUGCUGCUGCUGCUGCUGGAGCUGCUGCUGGAGGUGGAGCUGGUGCUGGUGGUGGUGCUGGUUGUGGUGUGCCGGCAUUGAGGGAAAUGAGGGGUGGGAGGGGAGGUGCAGGGCCACCUCCGGGGCGCCGCCGCCCCAGGAGCCACUCCCCAUGGCGACACCAACAUCGAUGUGCCCCCGGUGGUCUUCCCUGUAGGCCCUUCUGGGCAGCGGCGGCAGCUUCUCCUCUACUGGCGAUGCGGGCGAGUCGCGCAGAAAGUCGAGCAGGCGCGUCUCGAUCUGGUCACCGGCAGGCCGCUGUCUGGCCGCCCCGCCACCGUCAUUUCCCCUUUCCUCUCUCCCCCCUCCCUCCGUCGUGUGUGUGUGCACGGGAACGCCCCCGCUCUGCACGAGCUUGAGGAGGGCGUCCUGCAUGGCCUCGCUGCGCAUGUCUGCCGCUGGUGACGAUGAUCCGUCGGGUUUGAGCAGACAGUUGAAGGCUGAGGGCGGGAGUGAGGAGUUCGAGAGGGGGCUGCUGCUUGUGCCAAUGGAGUUGUGGUCGUGGAGGGGCUGGGGCUGGGCGGCGGCCUGGGUAAGGUCGUCCUUGGUCAGUCGGCUGAAACACUGAUUGACAGGAAGACAGCAAAGAGAGAUCGGGUGGGAUGGAUGGUCGUGUGUGUGUGUGCAUACCCAGAUGGAUGAGCUCUGGGCGUCGUUGAGGGCCUGUGCGCAGCUGUAGUGGAGAAUCACCUGGGCAGUCGACCCACCACCGCCCUGAACUCAACACCAUCCAUACACACACAACUCACUCAACACGGUCGCUCUCUAUCUCGCUCUGCCCGCACUCUGACUCACACGACUCACAUUCGAUUCGAGAAUAUAGCUUUCGUUUUUGCACAGCGCCUUUCGCCUGGCGGCCUUGGAGGGCAGCUCCAGGUAGCAGUAGCCGUAUGCACGCAACACAUUGCACGGGACUAUGCCGGUGCCGCCGCCACGCCUGCCACCCAACACACACACACAGACGGAGAGAGAGAGAGAGAGAUGCAUCCAUCGGGCGUGUGUGUCGCCUCUCUCUCUGUGGGUCACUUGUGUGCGGGUGUGUUAUCUGUGUUGGCGUCGUCGGCUGUGCCGGUGUUGGUGGUGUUGGCGUCUGUGUUGCGCGUGAGGUGUGAGGGGAAGUUGGGAAAGUAGAUGCACGACAGCUGGCAGCCCUCAAACGUGCGAAACACAUCCUACACAACACACACCAUGCCAUGGCAUGCAACAGACAGGACAAGACAAGAGAAAACGGCGGCAUUACAAGACAAGAAGGAGCGGCGCGUUUGUUUCCUUCCUCCCUCCCCUUGUCUGUCCCCGCACUCCCGCACCUCUGGGGAUGUGGUGGCGUUGACGCGCAUCUUGAGGUAGCACACCUCCUCGGUGUCGGGGUUGGCUGCUCAAGAGAACCGACGGACACAGUCAGUGAGUAAGUGAGUGAGUGCCUUGUUAGGUUAGGUAGGUGAAUGUUCUGUGGUGGUGUGGUGUGUUGUGUGAGUGUGGCUGGACGGACUUACCAACUUGCACCAGGAGGCGUCUGAGCAUGGCCUCGAAGACCCACUCCUGCAUGCAGUCCCGGCACUCAGCGAGGAUCUGACACAAACACACACACACACACACACAGAGACAGAUGAAGAGACUUGCGAAUCGCGCCGCCCAGGCCCGCCCAAGACCACUCCACUCUCAUCAUUCUUACUCACCCGUUCCUUGCCCCGUUUGCUGCACUUGGCUGCCAAGUUGUGGCUAACGUCGAAGGGGUCCUCCACAUACCACUGCUCCCUCGUGCAGCUCACAGCCAACCCAAACUUGUCCACACCCUGCAUGUGCUGCACCCUCCCACCACUGCCACCACCGCCCACAGCACCGCCACUUCCGCCAUUGCUAUUGCUAUUGUUGUGUCCGCCGCCACCGCUGCUGCUGCUGCUACCGAACAGCAGCCCUCCCCGUGUGUUGGUAUUGGGGUUCUGCUGCUCGUCGGAUGAGUCGUCGUUGUCUUCACUCUGUGAUGUGUUGCUGAGCGAGGUGUCUGUGGUGCGCCGCUCGAACCGCUGCGGCAGGGCCAGGCGGAUCGAGACGGCGUGCUCCGACCAGUUGAAGACGUGACAGUAGAAGUGACAAAAACCCAGGAACAAGGCUGCACACACAUCACAUCCAUAGCAGCCAGGGGUCUGUUGAUGUGAUGUGUCCCUCUCUCACUCCACUCACUGUGUGUGGAGAGGGUGUUGGUGGCGGCCUGUGUGGCGCGGACCCUCUCGACGUUGGCGAAGAACCACACGUCGUGCUCGCCCUCCAUCUGACGCUCAAACGAGUCACUGUCACCGUCACGAGCACCACCACCACCACCAUCAGCACACUUGCUAUCGUCGGCUGCGUGUGCGGCCUUGUGAGCCCUGGAUGGGCCGCCCCGCCCACUCCAGUAGCCCUCGGCCGCAUCCCACUGCUGCAGAUUCGGUAAAAUGGGCGGACUAAUUGUCUGCGAGAGAUGAGAGAGGAUACACACACAUAUGGCAAUCAAUAGAAGGAGUGUGUGUGUGUGUGGUGGUAGUGGGGAGAGGUGGGGGAGAGAGCAGGUACCUGUAGGUAGAAUAUGGCGAGCAGCAUGUAGGCGUAGCUGUUGAGGGUGCCGUCGGCACUCCCCACGAUCUGCCGAUCCUUCGCCCACGCCUGCAGCAAGGGACAAAGAAAGAGAAAACAGACGCACAAGCCCAUCCAUCCAUUCAUCCAUCCAUCCAUCUGCCCGCCAUUUGUUGUGUGUUGUGUGUCCCCCCGACCUUGACGAGCCUGCCCAAGUCGCUGACACGUGGGUCGACCUGGGAGUACGUCGCCAGCAGCCGCGAGUUGUGUACUCCCAGACGGUUCUCCACGCACAAAUCUACCUCCAAACCUGAUAGAUAACAAGCACAACCACACCACAACACACAUACCUCUCCCCUUCUCCCCUCCCCCCUGGCUGCGUCAGGUCCCUGACCGACCGCUUUGCUCAUGGGUGAUCUUAAGCAGCGGCACCCUGGCCUGGAGGAUGCGUGUGAGGUUGGUGAAUCCGUGGGCGGGGCCGUCGUUGCUCUCGAGGUAGUUGGCGAUCUUUGUCAGCACCUGGGUCUUGGAGCAUGGCGUGGGCGGGGUGGUACGGCUCAGCAACACCACAUCUACAUCGGACGCCUGCAGGCACCAAGGAAGGGGGCACAGCACAUCAGGGGACGGGAAGGGUGCUGUGCUGUGCGUGCGUCACGUCAUGGAUACCCACCGAGCUUUUGAAUCCGUUGACGAAGGAACCGAACACUUGCACCUCAUAGGGGAGGUCCAGCGCUCGCAAUAUCUGACGCCACACAACACGCACACCAUAUGGAUGGCAGAGACCAUGAAUGACAGCGCCUCCGCGGCUCUCUUCGCGCACACUACGCCCUCUCCCAUGCCUCUUCUCCCUCCCCGGGUGACCUGUGCGAUGGUGUCCUUAAUGCCUUCAACCGCCUCAUCUUUCUCAGGCCAGGGCUCUCCCUCCUUCGCCAAAUAACGACGCAGCAACGCCUCCAGACCCUCGGGCUCCUCGGGCUCCUCGGGCUCCUCCGUCGUGUGGUGAGGCUCGUCCUGCUGUGGUGGGGCUGCUGCUGCCUCAGUGCUCUCCUCUGUCUCCAUCACAAACUAGCGACUGAUGAAGGGGCGCCGGCGCAUGGGCGGCGGCUCAGCUGCCUUGGAGAGCAUCGACGGGCAUUCAGCCGACGAACGGAGGGAGGGAGGGAUGGCACGGGCCUGACGAUGAUUGAUCACCAGAGCGGAGAGUGGGCAGGAACAAACCAGGGCGUUGAAUGCGAAGAAGCGAAGGCAGCAGCACUGAACCUCUCCUCCCUUUUUC